AUGACAGAUCUAUUCUCUGUACUAGCCAUAGGAUCAAUUAUACCAAGUCACACACUCAUAUUCCGGAAAUACAGAAAAAAAGUACUUCCGGAUACUGUAUUUGAAGCAGUUGUUCGAAUUCCCUAUGAUCUGCAAGUGAAACAAGUUCUUGCUAAUGGUAAAAAAGGCGCUUUGAAUGUGGGGGCUGUUCUUAUUUUACCCGAGGGGUUUGAACUAGCCCCGCCCGAUCGUAUUUCGCCCGAGAUUAAAGAAAAGAUAGGAAAUCUGUCUUUUCAAAGUUACCGGCCUACUAAAAAAAAUAUUCUUGUGAUAGGUCCUGUUCCUGGUCAGAAAUAUAGUGAAAUCACCUUUCCUAUUCUUUCCCCGGACCCCGCUACUAAGAAAGAUGUUCACUUCUUAAAAUAUCCCAUAUACGUAGGUGGGAACAGAGGAAGGGGUCAGAUUUAUCCCGACGGGAGCAAGAGUAACAAUAAUGUUUAUAAUGCUACAGCAGCAGGUAUAGUAAGCAAAAUCAUACGAAAAGAAAAAGGGGGAUACGAAAUAACCAUAGUGGAGGCAUCGGGUGGGCGUCAAGUGGUUGAUAUUAUCCCUCCAGGGCCGGAACUUCUUGUUUCUGAGGGCGAAUCCAUCAAACUUGAUCAACCAUUAACGAGUAAUCCUAAUGUGGGCGGAUUUGGUCAGGGGGAUGCAGAAGUAGUACUUCAAGAUCCAUUACGUGUCCAAGGCCUUUUGCUUUUCUUGGCAUCUGUUAUUUUUGCACAAAUCUUUUUGGUUCUUAAAAAGAAACAGUUUGAGAAAGUUCAAUUGUCCGAAAUGAAUUUCUAGAUCCGCGAAUUUUUCAACAUCAAACUCUAAAAAGAAAUAAAUUGUUGUUAUAAAUUGUUGUUGGCAAUUAUAUUAUGUAAUUGUGUAUGAUCAAAAAAAUUUUGUUUGUUUCUUUUUUCGGAUUUCGGGAAUUACUUAUACUGGUCAUGAUGUGUAUAUUGUGAAGAAGACUAUUUGAUUUUACUUAUCUCUUCUUUGUUUUUUCAAUCCAAAUCGAAGUGAUAUAGAAUGAAUCCGUAGUUUUAUAUUUGAAUAGAAUAAAAACAAAAGAUAAAUAAGCGGAUAAUAUAAACCAAAGUAUAAAUGAAAGGAACAAAGGGUUUAG